AUGACUUCCAAGCCCUCCGAAGCCCCUUCCUUCAGCCAAAUCGCGUGCGUUGGUGCCGGGCUAUCAGCUGUGGCCCUGGGCGCAACGCUGCAGAGAUGGUACGGCCUGGAAGACAUUCAGUUCUUUGAAAGACAUCCUGCAACUGGUGGGACAUGGUACAUCAAUACCUAUCCUGGAUGCGGCUGUGAUGUCCCAAGUGCUCUCUACAGCUUCUCCUUUGCCCUGAACCCCAACUGGACGAAGCUCAUGCCGUCACACAAGGAAAUCAAAGAGUAUCUCGAUAACGCGGUGGAUACCUACAAUCUCCGCUCGAAGAUGACCUUUGGAACGGAAGUUGUCCGUAGUGUCUGGCGAGAAGAUGCAAAUCGCUGGCUUCUCUACCUGCACGAUUUGGAGACUGGACGCCAUUAUACCCAUGAAUGCCAGAUUCUCUUCGCAGCCACAGGACAGCUUGUCGAGCCUCGCCCCUGUGAGAUCCCCGGUGCGUCGGAUUUCCAGGGGAGCAUCUUCCAUUCGGCGCGAUGGGACCACAGCGUUGAACUUGAGGGGAAGAAUGUCGUUGUGAUCGGAAACGGGUGCACUGCUGCGCAGAUUGUGCCAGCGCUGGUCAACGAUGGCAAGAUCAAGUCCCUCACCCAGAUUGUACGCACGAAGCACUGGAUAUUUCCAGCCCCGAACUUUGCCUACCCUAGGCUCCUGCAGUGGAUUUUUCGCUAUGUUCCACUGGCCAUGAGACUGCACAGAUUUCAUAUAUUCCUGAUUGCCGAGAACGAUUUUCGCUUGUUUCCAAUGACCAAGGGGGCGGCCAAACUUAGGGAGAAGCGACGCAGGCAAGUGGAAAAGUACAUGCGUGAAGCUGGGCCAGAGAAAUAUCACGAUCUUCUUAUUCCAGAUUUUGAUGUCGGCUGCAAGAGACGGAUCUUCGACCCCGGUUACCUUGAAUCACUACACAGUGACAAGGUCUUCCUAACAGACGCCAAACCCGAAAGGAUCACCCCAGAAGGCAUCGACACAGACAAGGGCUUCGUACCAGCAGACGUGAUCGUCCUCGCAACAGGCUUCCAGACCAACAAAUUCAUUCCGUACGUGGAUGUGGUCGGACGCAGCGGGGAGAACGUCUCACAGCACUGGUCUAGAUACGACGGUCCAGCUGCCUAUAACUGCUCUGUGCUGAGUGGGUUCCCGAACUUCUUCAUGCUCCUGGGCCCUAAUGCGGCAACCGGGCAUACAUCGGCCAUGAUGGCUGCAGAGAACUCCAUCAAUUACGCCCUCCGCGUCCUGAAACCAGUCUUGACUGGCGACGCCGCGUCGGUGGAACUAAAGCCUAAAGCUGAAAACGACUACGUUUACUGGGUACAGGACGCAUUAAAUGAACGCGUUUGGAACGCAGGUUGUGUAUCUUGGUAUCUUAAUGACAGGAAGUGGAACUCCAUGUCCUACCCGUGGACACAAGCUCACUACUGGUGGAGGAGUCUGUUCCCCACUUGGUCCGAUUGGAAUUUCAAGGUUUGA